UAUGUCGAAUGUCAGCAAAAAUGGUGAAGUGGGAAAGUUGAAGAAAGUAUUUAUGUUAUCAUUUUUGUUGUGCCAGGAGUUCUUACUCAUGAUAUAUUACUUUUUUUGGUACGAAAGUAAAAUAUAAAAUUCUGUAAAUAUUUAAUCAUGCCUCGUAACACCAAAGAAAACGGAACUGUGACUGGGAAUGGAUGCAGUUGCCAAGCAAUGGACGAAAGUGGAACAGACUGUGGAGGCUCUAAAACUCUUACAAUUUUGAAUGAACUGAAUGCGCUGCAUGAAGAUCGGUUCCGGGAGAUAGAUGAAAAAGUAGACGCAGACGGUACAGAGAUCAAACUUAGAUUUCUGCAAUCCAGGGUCUCGGAUCUAGAAGAAAUAAAUGCCAUGCUUGUUCAGAUAGUGGAACAAUUGGAGCAGGAAACAGCUGAUCGUGUGUCUUUACUUCAAGAAGGCUUGCAGCGCUCAUCUCGGGCAGCUCAUGCAUACAUGACAAAGGUGGAUGAUUGGGAUAGGGAUGUUACCAUAGAAAAGAAUGAAGAAGUGCUGAUGGAUACACAAGUAAAAAACCUGAAGAAUGACAUCACCAACCUCUUAGAAGUAAUUCGGCGAUUAAGAGAGGAACACAGAUGGGAUACCACUGGACUCACUUUCACUGAAGUCACAGCUGAUGAUAUUUUUGGCACUCAGGAUCUGAUUUCAGGACAUUUUGGCGGGGCUGUUCCAGAUGACCAGGAUAAAGAUGCCAUCAUUGCAGAUCUUAAGGCUGAGCUCUUGAGCCUGCACUGUAAGCUGGACCGAUGUUGGGAUGAGAAAGGAAGUGAAGUGUCAGAACUGAAGAAGGAAAUUGUAACUCUGAAAGAAGAUAAUAGACUGAAGGAAGGACAGAUUCAGAGAUUUGUGAGAAGAAUUCAGAAGUUGCAUAAGAGUAUACAUUACAGAUCCAGUAAGGCUGUGAUUGAAUCCCAGUUACUAAGUACUAAUGCAGUCAGUGAGUCAGCUUAUGAUGAAUUUCUGACAUGGUGCUAUGAGUUAGAGGGACAUCACCAAAAGGCACUGCAAGAAAACACAAAACUUGCUGAGGAAAUAGAGCAGCUCAAAAUGCAACUGAAGAAAAGGACAGCAGAGGCAGAAGAACUCAGCAAGUCAGUGAAUGACAUGGACCAAUCUGCCAAAGAUAUGCGUGCAGCUCUGACAGGAGAAGUAGCUGAUAAGCAUGACCGAAUAUUGGCUCUUCGCCGUGAAAUACAACUUCUGGAAGAGAGAUGUCGUCAAGCAGACAUGCAGACACAUUUCAAGGAUGAUAUUAUUAAGGAGAUGAGAAAAGAUAUAAAAGAUGCACGGUUCAAGCUUGCUGCUCUUCAUCCGGACAACGAGCAUGAUGUGGUAAAUGGAGCUCAGCAUCUUUGUCAACAUCCUAAGGAUUAUCAGCAGGUUCAGGUUCCUGUUAACAACUCAAACCACCAGUUCCAACAAGUGCACAUAUCUCAUGAUUUGUCUCUUCCAUACCAACAUCUCAGCACUCCAGAGAACUUAAAUAGGACUUGUAGUGAUGGAACUGCUGCUGAAGCUCAGCUACAGUCUGUCUGGCAUUGUAAUCAGUUUUUAGAGAACUCUCAUCUGCCAUACAGACCAGUUGUGACAGACGACUUGAUUGCAGAAGAAACAUAUUAUGAAGUAUGCCAACGACAUUCUGCACCUUCCAGAAACGUUCAGGUGUCUACUACUGAUGGAUCUGGUCAUGAAGGUGAUACUGCUCCUCCUCAGGACGUUGCUGUGCAGGGUGCUGCCAGCACUGUAAACACUAGUGUGCAGCAAGAGCCGAGUCUGGUAACGUCAGGAAUACAGACAGAGCAGCCUGUGCUGAGUCUAGUAACUUCAGAAGUACAGACAGAGCACUCUCUUCCACCAGAGUUUUCAGGGGAUCAUAGUGGAAGUAUUGUAGAAUACCAGAACAAGGCAAGGAAUGGGGUCAUAACUUUGGAUGAUGUCAUUAAACAGAUACAUGAACUUUCAUAUAAUAUGAAAGCAAAAGAAAAUAAGAUUACUGACCAAGAUGCUGUGAUACAUGGUCUCCAAGAAAGGGUGAAGACAUCUCAGGCUGAAGUGAAAAUACUAAAGGAAAAGUGUGAAAAAUAUUUGCAAGAUAUUCAGAAGGCAGAACAGAAUCAAGCAGACUGUGAAAGAAGAAUUAAAGAACUUAGUGAUGUUUUGGAAAGGUCUUAUACUGAUCUUAAGGAUUCUCUUAACAGUAUGGAUAUUGGAAAAAAUACAACACGUAUCCUGUAUAGCCAGGACAUGAAAAUUUUUUGUCAGAAAUAUGAGGAAAGUCAGGAAACUUUUAAGAAUUUGAAAGCUGAAUUUAGCUACUUAUUAUUCAGUUUGAAGUCACAUGAAAAGCAGGUUAUAUACCUUGGUGGCAUCAUUAAUUCUUUAAAUGAGAUAUUACAAAGAACCCAGCGUGAUCAGGAAGAUGUUCAGAGUGAAAUGUCUAUUUUUUCAAAAGAAAAGGAGUCUUUGCAGGAGGAUCAUGAAGAAUGUCAGCAGAAGAUUGAAAGAUUAGAAAAGUCUUUAAAAUAUUACCAAGAAGAAAGACAGGCAUCUUACACAAAAUUGGAAACAACUGCAAAGGAAACAAUUGAUGAAGCUCUCCAAGAGGAACACGAAAAGUUGAAAGUUGAAAUGGAGAAAUUGCAGAGCAGUUUAAUAUCAAGAGAAAAAGUUGCUCAAAAUCAAGAAGAAAUGAUAAAUAUUUUGCAGGAUUCAGUAAAUAUUGCACAGAAAGAACAGCAAGACCUCCAGCAGAAACUGAAGGAUGCUGAGACUGAAAAAGAAAAAUUAUUAAAUGCUUUACAUGAGGAAGGCAAAAAGGCUGUUAACCUGCAACAAGCCUUGUUGGCCACUAAACAACAGCUUGAAGACCUACAAGGGAAUAAAUAUGAAGUAAUGCAUUUUAAAAUUGCAACCAGCAAAUGUGCUGCAGAUGACCUGAAAGAGAAGUAUGACUUUAUGAUAAGAAGGAAUGCAACCUCGGAAAAAGAGACAGAAUUACUGAAGCAAAAGAUACAAGAUUAUGAGCAGCAGUUGAAGAUGGAGAAUGAAACAGUACAGGCUCUUCAGGACAACAUGAGUGAAAUGAACCUGAAUCUCUUAACUGUUGUUCAGAGGCUGGAAGCCAAAGAUAAACUGAUACAGAACCUUCAAUCUCAGAUCAGCAAACUGCAGGGACAGCUAGAAUCUGAGGAACAAAAAGCUGCUUCCUGCAAAGAGGUGCACACUCUCCAGAUGGAAGCACUUCGUCUCAAGUCAGAAAUCAGGCGACUUAUGCUGUUACAGGAAAGAGCGAAUGUAGAGGUGAGAGAGUACCUGUCUGUUCCAGAAACUUGGUGGUGGGACGAUUUCUGGCAGAUUCCCAUGCUUCUUGAUCUGGAGUCACUGGAGUCUGUAAGAAGAUUUGCUAAAGAAGUUCUCAGGGAUUUCCCUAAUAUUAAUGUAUUAAUCAAUAAUGCAGGAGUGUCUGUACCUGUCUGUCAGCAUAGAAAGACCAAAGAUGGCUAUGAAAUUAAUUUUGGUGUUAAUCACCUGGGUCAUUUUCUGCUGACAAAUCUGUUGCUUCCACGAUUGAAAGACUCAACAUCAAGCAGAAUUGUUAUUGUAUCCUCUAUGCUACAUGAAAGAGGAACAAUAGAUUUUGACAACCUGAAUGGUGAAAAAGGAUUUGCUGGAGCUGGACGGCGUAUGAACCCAGCCUACUGUAAUUCUAAACUGGCGAAUAUGUUGUUUAACAUUGAACUGUCAAAGAGGAUAGAAGGCACUGGUGUGGAUUCUUUUGCAUUGUGUCCAGGAUUUGUGUACAAAAACCUUUUUAGGUACUCAAAUGUGAAGUGGUACCACUAUAUACUUUUCUUGCCCGUUGCAUUGUUUUUCAUGCGGACACCAUCCCAGGGAGCACAAACAACGCUUUAUUGUGCCACAUCAGAAGAGCUAGAAGGAAAAUCAGGGCUUUUCUUUCGUAAUUGUAAUUUUUAUGGACCAAAAAUGGAAUUUGAUCCUGCUGUUGCCAAGAAACUGUGGGAAGUUAGUGAGAAUAUGGUUGGUUUGAAUAAUGACAAAAGUGAGACAAUGUAAAAUGGUUUGGACUAAUUUUAUUCAGUUGUAAGCGUACCUUUUUGGGCUUUUAGGUAUGGAAAUAUCUUAAAAGAUGUUUCUGUUUCAUUUUAUCCAUUGGAAACAUCACAUUGAAUAUAGAAGAAUGAUUCACAAUAAGCUGAAAUUCAGUUGGAAUGAACAAAUUCAGCAGAGAACUUACUGAAGGUAUGACGUGCAUGAAGUUGAACUAUGACACCCUCAUCUCUUUUUCCUUGCUGUCUGAUCCUUUUCCAGUUCAUUCAUCUGAAAUGUAUUUGUUUUCAGGCAGUCAGUAUAAAUAUACUAUAAAUAUACCUACCAUUGAAGUGAUGUCUUUGUAUUACUCUGGAGCGUAUAAUGUGCUUCCAUUCACAUCUUACUGUGAUCAAUAUUUCUUAGGGUCUGGGUGAUUUGCUUUUUAUUGGUAACCAUAAAAUAUUUCAAAAGUUCAGAAUAUGCUGUUUUUUGUGUGUGGGGUUUAGGUCUAGUUUAAAGUAUCUUCAGAUUUUAAACAGCAAGUUGACAUAUUUUCUUUAAUGUGACGUUUGAAAUGGUAUGAUAUAGGUUAAGACAAAAGGUAAAGCCAUCCCUGAAACAGGCUGUGGA